AUGGCGGACGGUACGAAAAAUGACGCCGAUUUCGCUGAGCAAGAUAUGAUUGAAAAGAAUAAGGAGGAAAACCAGAAAAUAACGGCUGCGAUUGAACAAUUCGACAGCGAUAAAAAAUCCUUCAAGAAGAACCUGAAUGAGUCGUCAAGUAAGUUCGAUUUUCUAUUUGAAUUGUCAUCAGACGAUGGUAGCGAUCUUGAUCUAGAAAAUUCUGAGAAUGCUGAAGAUUAUGUGAAAGAGAAUUUGAAGAAAAAGUCUCUUCAAGAAAAUCAAGGAACAAUAGCAACCGCUGAAUUCACAGAUCAAGAUCGCAAUAACAAAGUUGAAGAUGAAAUUCCCGCCAAAAAUUCAAAACUGAGUCCCAUUGUUGAGACAUUAGAUCAGAAGAUACCCCAAUUUAAGAGAUUAGCUAGAGGACUCAAAGAAUUAUGUAACGACGAUGAUUCUGAUGAAGAAGAAGAAGAAGUGUGGAGGAAGAUUUUGGGACUGAACGUUGAUACUGAACUGGACGACUUGGAUGAGAAGUCAAAAGAUACUGAUCAAUUCAACAAUGUUACUCAACCUGAUUAUUACACAAAUAUUGAAGGACUGGAAGAAGAGUUGUACGAAUUGAUGAGAGAAUUCAAAGAAGAUGAUGAGAAAGAAGAACAAGGGCGUUUGAACAAGCUAAAUGUAGAGCAAAAAGUGUUGAAUCGACCCGAGGACAGCAUAGAGUGUGUUGAUUUUGCUGAAAUUGAUGGACUGGAAUUCGACAAAAGCAAAGAAGAAUUCAAAGAGAAAGAAGAGGAUGCGACGAAAGGGGACUUAGAUCAGAAUCAGAAAGUGGAGUUGGAUCAGAAUCAGAAAAUGGACUUGGAUCAAGAAUCUGAGAUCUUGGAACUGAUAUUCAAUCAAAUAGGUGAGCUUGAGACUCGGAUCCCUCGCCUGCAAGAUGAACGUGCCCGGUUGAAACGAGAAGAGGACGAAGUUGAUGCAAAAUUUCAGCUGUUGAAAUUGGAACUUGCGAAGCUGAAACAGAGGAAUUCUGAUAUGGAAAUGGAUGUAUUUGAACUUGUUAAGAACAGGAUCAAGGCUAUUAUGGAACAACCAGCUGAUCAUGAACUGAGAGAAAAAGUUAAGUCAUGGUUGGAAAGCCAAACGGAGAAAGUGGAGGCGAAAAUGGAAUCUACAGAGACUCAAAUUUGAGGGCAGGACAAAGGAUUCGAGAAGAUGUCUGAGGAUCUGGAAAUGUGCAGAGAAGACCUUGAAGUGAGUUUGCAGCUUUAGAUGCUCUGUUUUGCUUGAUAUAGG